AUGAAUACAGAAAGGGUGAUGACUAAGGGGCAGCAGAAGAGUAAGGUGACAUUUUCUGGCUGUAGUGAAGGUACAAAAGUCAAGUCAGCAAAGACACAGACUUGUUCUCAUAUACAGAAGGUGGUAACCAGCCCUAGAAAGCAGCAUCCUUUAUGUGCACUUGCCCAAGAAAAUCAGUAUCUUUUCAUUCCAAGUCGAGAUGUACCUUCUGCCUGUGGUCCACUUGAAGGUCAACUAAUUCCUAUGGCUAUUCCACUAGGUCAGACCCAACUCAGUGAUAUCUCACUGCAGUCUGAUGGACUAGUUAUAGGUAAACCACAUCCUGUUACAGUCACAACUUCUCUUCCUCAAGUGCCACCAAAACCACCACCAGCUGAGAUAAAAACCCCAAACAUAGCUGUAACAGAGAUGAGAUCAGAGAAAAAGGAUCCACCUCAACUCUCUGUGCAGGUGUUACCCAAUGUAGAUAUUGACAGUGUUUCAAGUGACAGUGUGAGUAUAAACCAUGUUCUUCCAGGCUCUGAACCUGCACUUCAUCCUGGAGAUGCUUUAAUACAGACUCCAGAAGAUAGACAUAGUGAGGAAGAAGAUGCAAAGCUUCCAGGAACUAAUUUCAUUGAUGUUACUGAUGCCAUGCAGGAUCAGGAAGAGGAGAGGGAUGAAAUUCCAGAAUUCUGUGAGCCUCUUCUGGAGCUUAAUGGACAGUUUAAAGUUGCCUCACCAAAAUACAAUGGUCCAUUGUUUCCUCCAGUGGCUUCUACUCCUCAGCAGUCUUCUGAUGUUGUGGAUGAACUGAUUCAAUGGAGAGAAACUAUAGAAAAUAGGUUGAUAAAUUGGGUGGAGCAAGAAAUAAUGGCAAAAGUUAUCAGUAGCAUGUACCCAGUUCAGAAGGAGACAGUGCCCAAUGUUAGCACCUCAGAGAGUGAAGACAGUGAGACUGUGACCUCUGACAUUGUUGAAGUUGCAGGUGGCAGAGGAUUUCAGCUCUUCAUCAAUGCUGGCAUGCCUGUGGACUCAGAGUUGAUAAGUCAUUUAGUAAACGAAGCUCUCAGUGAAACAAUUGCCACCAUGCUGGGUAAAAGGCAGGCUGAGAAACCAGCUCCUCCUGCAGACAUCCUUCCAAGUGCAAUGACUAUGAUGGAGUCUCUUGUGCCUACUCCAUUGCCAACACCUCAGGCCACACCACCGCAAACACCACCUUCAGAAAAAGAGUUGCCUCCAGUCAAAACUCCAGAGUCUUCUCCAGCUCCUACAGAAAGGAGUGGGGAUGUUCAUGAACAUGAAAAAAUUAAAGAAACAGGUGUUGAGAUUCCAGCUGCCACGAGGCAUGUUGGCACACCCGUGGUUACCCCUGCUAACACACCUCCUAGAACAACCACACCAAGCCCUCCUACCUCAGAAUGCAUCUCCAGAGAUGCAAAAAUGGAACAACCAAAGCCUCCAGACCCAUGGGAUGAUGCAGAACUUCCUCUGGAAGAAGAGAAGCCUAGUCCUUUAACUGAAGAACCACUCCAUCCCAAGGCUGUUGAGAUGUCAGUGGCUAAUGAUGAGGAACCAGAGGUCUUGAUUUUACCACCUCAGGAGCUGCCAGCAAGGCCCCUUGAGUCACUUCAUGGUGAUCCUGGUGAUCCAUCACCUGCACCCACAGUUAGUUCUGGGCAGUCCACGCAGGAAAGCAGCCUCACCCUCACAGAAACAGAAACUGCAGACAAGCCCAUCUCAGAAGGGGAGGUACUCUUCAGCUAUGGACAGAUGCUGGCUCCAAGAGGAGGAGGGCUGUCUCUUCCAAACGUUGCUGAGAGCUUAAGCAGUACUUUACAAGAUGCCAAUGAAAUGGAUUAUGAUCCUCCCAGUGAAGGGCAAGUGCUGAGACGUCCAGAUAAAGUCUAUCACAGAGAUCCUGUCCUGACUCUUUUAGCCAAAUUAAACCAAGUACCUGUUGCUGCAGAAGAAGAAAUGUACCAUUUGGAGGAUUCUGAGGAGAGUGCUGGGGAGCUCAGUGAAGGUCAAAGGCCGAGGCUGACCAGAGCAGCAGAGAGAAUCCUAAUGGGCCAUCCUCCAGUCUGUGUGGGCCAUCCAGCUGCUGGGACUCCUGGGAACAGACCACAGCCAGGCUUCCGGCCGACAUCACCAGGGCAGCUUGCCCAAACUCCAGCAGAGAUUCUUGGAGAUGCAGAUACAAGUCAUGGUCCAAUGCUUUUGGCUGAACUGGAAUCAGAACCAGUUUCAAACCCUGUUCUGCAAGCAGCCCAAUCAGGCUGCAGGGAGACAUCUCUCUCAGAGGAUCUGUCUCAGGAGGAAUUCCAAGGAGCUGCCCAGGUUGAGACUGUGAGACCCCGAGUUAUUCUUGUGAGAACCAAGUCUGAAGAGAUGCAACAAGAAGGAGAGGAUGCUGCCCCACAUUUGACUUCCCACAUUUCUGGAGCAAAGGUAUCAGUGGAGCUGCCUUCUGUGGACACAAAUAACCAAACAGAGAGUGUGAGUAGUACACGUGGCCAUUCAGAUUCUUCAGGGACAGAUACAUUUUAA